UUACGCCGUAUUUCUACAUUGUUCGCUAUGACGUCAUGCUCUUUAUCACUACAUUAACAGGGAUAUGGUCAAAGCGGAAGACGCGCUCGACAUGGCCGACGGCUGGAAAGAAGUGUUUGAAAGAAGCCGGGUGAUUCCUCCGCCCGGCCAGACUGUGCGCCUGGCUCUGGACAACCACCUCACUCAGCCCCACGGCUUCCAGCUCCGCCUCAGCCGGCUCACCGCAGCUCACCUCCCGCAGUCCCAGGAGAUGUCAGGGGGGGAACAAGAUGUGACCCACCAGCUGCGAGUGACCCUGUUUGAUAGAAACCACCAGCAAUUCUUUGGAAACACAUGGAGGAGUCCACCCCAGAGCAUGAAGAACAACAAGAUCUCCCUCAACGAGGUCCUGUAUUUCCAUACCUCUCUGCGGUUGCCCAGUGUAGCGAUGGUCUUGGAGCUGGUGUCCUUAUCACCCAGGCCAGAUGGCUCCCAGCAGGCCCUGGGGCGAGGCUUCACCGUCCUGGAGCUUUUUACCAACCGGCCAGAGGUUCAGGCGUCUGAUGGUGUCCAAAGGCUGAAUCUACACCAUGGCUCACCAAGAGGUCUCCUCCAUCCCCUCCUGAAGGACACAGUUGACUACGGCAGUCUCCUGACGGCGAUCGACGGAGCACAUUUGGACUGCGUGAUGAAAAACCACGCCGCGCUGGCUCCCGCCAUGCACCUGCUGCCGGAGAACGUCCUGGUAUCCGGGAAUGAGAACGUUCCCGGGCUCGCAGCUUCUCCAACAGGAGACGCUUUGCUGAGGCCUCAGCUGCUCAAGACGCUGCCCUUCACCCUGAGCGGACUGACCGUCUCCCUCCAGCCGUCCCUGGAGAAGUUUGAGAGUCAGCUGCUGGAGCGGAUCAAUGCCGACUGCCACAACACGAAGCAACCGGGACCAGAGGGCACCGCGAGAACCGUCGUCAUCCAGGAAAGGAGGCUUCACGUCGGCGUCCACAACGGCUGGUGUUUCCUGGACAAGCCUCAAGUGGCGGUGCUGGAGCCCCUGGCCUCGGGGUCGAGAGGUCGCUCCACCCUGGGCAAGGACAGCUCUGCGACAUCAACCCUCCCUCAGACGUUGGGCCUUCGCAGCAGCUUGGAGCUCAGGCUGGCCAAUCAUCGCGCUUUGGCCAUCGUCUUCCAGCUGGAGUGCGUCUUCUCCGCUCCGAUUGGCCGAGAGACGAUGCUGUCGGCCACCUCCGCGUCCCGAGCGGCCUUCCUGCAGUGCCUCCGUUGGGGAGCUUGGUGCCCCUUCCAGGAGCCGGCGGACUGGAAAGGGGAAGAGAUCCAGGUGGUCCUGCGAGGCGGUGCGGAGCCGAACCCUCACGGGGUCAUGACCUACAGCUCGGAGACGUCGGCCAACGCCAAGAGCCCGGCGCCGCUCUUGGCUGCAGGCUCGGCUCAGCUUUCUCCUCUCCCGGGGACCAAGGACACCAUCACAUUUCGUCUGUCGUCCGCUUUGGAGAGGAAGACGUCCGGCAGCCCAAAGGCAUCGCCGAGGACAACGCAGGAGGAGGUGUCCCGUCACAGAAGAUCGCCAUCGCGGGGUCAAAGAUCUUUUCCACCAGCUUCUCCUCCAGAAUCUCCUCAAGGCCCCGGGCUCUCGCUGUCUCAGCUCGCGGCGACUUCACGCUACCCGACGAUCAGCCACUCAAGCUCGGCGUUGCCGUGGCAACAGUCGUCUCCUUCUCUGCUCCAUCCGUCCCUGUUGGCGUCGGCCCACCAGCUGUCACAUGUCGCCUGCUCGGGGGUCGGCAGCAUCGCCCACCUGGAGAUGGAACCUCAGCGGGAAGGGGACGCGUCCCAGGACGAAGGAGACCAGCUGCAGGAGCUGCCCUUCACCCCCGUGCACGCCCCCGUCAUCACCCUGGGGGUGAGCAUGCCCAGCUCCUGCUCCGCCAGCUCCAGGAGCUCGCUGGCCCACCUCUACUCCGCCGGCUUCCCCGACAUCGUGGACGGCGACGGGCAGGCGGCGGAGGUCCUGGACCCCACGGAGCCCGUGACCUUUGACCCUCACCGCGAAGACGCCGCCCCUCUCCGCGGCGACCUGCUGGUGUUCCAGUUCCUGGCGUUUACCAGAACACCGGCGGCGGUCGGCGGCCCCGAUUGGCCCAAAAACAUCUACUUCACCUUCCAGUUCUACCGCUUUCCACCAGUCACGUCGCAGCAGCUCAAACUGCUGACCGGCGACAAGGUCCAGCAGAAAGCUGCGGGUCCACUUCCCCGAGUCCUGGCCUCCAUCAACAGAGACGGCACCGUGAACUCCGCCCCCCCGGGCCUGCAGGUGCAGUUCAGAGUGGACGGGGGUUUCCUGAAGCCCGGGGAGAAGCGCUGGUUCCUGCGCUACCUGGCCCUGCACAGCAUGCACAUCGACGUCUGGGACGGCGACUCGCUGCUCCUCAUCGGCUCCACCGCCGUCGAGCUCAAGUACCUGUUGCGUCAGGGUCGGUCGGCGGUGCAGGCCCUCCACGAGGUGGAGGUGCUGACCACGGACUACGUGGGAGAGGACGCCCUGCUGACCGGCGCCCACGAGGGGGGCCGCCGGCCGCCGGCUCUCGGCCCCAUGAACGUCCACACCGUGGUCAUGGGCCGGCUGCACGUCCGCACGGGCAACGUAGGGUGCCCAGUGGAUCCGAGCAGGAGGAAGGCGGCGGCAGACGCGGCGGCGCCUCAUUCCAACAUCAUAACUCCUCGCCAAGUGAUCGGCGGCUUCAGAGGAGGAAGCCUGUCCUCCAGAAACAUCCUCCGACUCAAUGCUCGGAACGCCGCACAGGCUCACAGGCUGGGGGGGCCGGACCCCAACGAGCCCGACGGUGCCGGGCGCCGCAAGCUCGAAUGCAUGGCCGCCGUGCAUCGGCGGGAGGGCACGGAGGAGGCAAAGGUCACGGAUCGGACUAAGGAAGCCCGGUCGGCCAGAGAACUUCAUCACGUCCAACCCAACGAAAUUCACAACCAGGCCGAGGGCAUCGCCAACAUGCUGAGCCAGGCCAUCACCACCCGGCACCUGCUCUACGCCAACCUGGGCACCGCCGAGUACAUGGAGUUCGUCCUUAAAAACCCCUUCAACGUCCCUCAGACGGUCACCGUGCACAGCGACGACCCCGAGCUCAGUGCCAUCACGAACACAGAGGAGUGGGCUUACUUCAAGGCGCUCUGCAGAACCACAACCCCGCUGGAGGAGAACAUGUUCCACCUGGAGGAAGGUGCCCCGGGUCCUCGGGUCUACCUCCGGCCCAAGGAGAGCAUCCACAUCCCCCUGAAGUACCAGAGUUUCCUCUGCGACCACACCAUGGCCCUGCAGGGACCGAGCUUUCAACCGCCGGGCAAAGGAUCCCAAGCGGCCAAAAGGAAUCUGUCCAACAUUGUUGCAGCCAAGACCAUAAAGGUCACGUUCGCGGCAGAAGACGGCAAGCCGAUGGCCAUCUGCCAGGUGGACGUGGAGCCGACGCCUCACGUGGUCGACCAGACGUUCCGGCUCUACCACCCCGAGCUCUGCUUCCUCAAGAAAGCCAUCCGCCUGCCACCCUGGAACGACCCCACAGUUGGAGACCCAGAUGUCAGGACUCACAUUUCCGUACGCUGCAGUGACCCGAACAUCAUCUGCCAGACAAGGAUGCUUGCGCCGGGGGAGCCUCGGGACGUGUACUUGAAAGUGCCGGGGAGUCCCAGUCCAAACAUAAAAAUGUUCUUUGUGAUGGUUUUCACUGAUCAGUGGAUGGCGGUGCCCUCCCAGAUCUGGCAGAUUUACGUGCACUUCCUGGAGCGGGUGGACGUCAGCUGCGUGACCGGCCAGCGGAGCUGCCAAUCGCUGGUGCUGAGGGGGAAGCAGGCGGUCCGCAAGGUCAAAUGUUUCUCAUCGCACCCCCAGGAGAUCGAGGUGGACCCAGAGGGCGUGUUCGUCCUGCCUCCGGCGGCGGUGCAGGAGCUCCAGCUGAAGGUGCAGCCGUGGCGAGCGGGAAGCCGCUUCUUGUACGUGAACGCGGUGGACGUGGAGAACCGGCGGCUGGUCACCGCCUGGCUGCUCUGUCUCAACGUCCACCGGCCCGUGCUGUCCAAGGCGUUUGAAGUGUGUGUCCCCGUCGGUGGCGGCCGUGGAAGCUCCAGGAAAAUCACCUACACCAACCCGUACACCGGCGGCCGCUCCUUCCUGCUCCGCUCGGACCAUCCGGACCUGCUCCAGUUCAAAGAGGAGAAAUUCCAGAUCGGCGCGGGAGAGAGCUACACCAUCGGACUGCGAUUCGCCCCCAGCCAGGGUCCCGGCUCGCUGGAGAUACUGGUCUACGUCAACAACCUGGAGGAGAAGACGGAGGAGACCUUCUGCGUGAAGGUCAACUACUCCUGAACCAAUCCUGAUGGACUUCAAACACGGGAAAUGUUGUUUUUACGUACAAAAAAACCUCAAAUGAGCUGUAAAGUUUCUACAAAUGUUCUAUUAUUGGAUUUAAAACCAGAAUAAAGUUGUAUGUUUUUUUAAUGGC